UUAGGCGACCCCUGUGAAAGGGUCGUUCGACCACCAAAGGGGUCGCGACCCACAGGUUGAACUGCUGUUUUACCCUUCUGUGAUAAGUCAUUUAACAGUGUGACCUUCUGUAGGGUUGGGCAAUCCCCAUCACAAGUGCCUCACAUGUCUCAGUCAAGAGGAAGUGAUGGAGGGAGGGGGAAAUGGGACUGGUAACUUGAUUUUUACAUUGUUUUCUGGGAAACAUUUUCUUUGGAAAUCAGAGAGGGGCUGCACUUCAACUGGUUCCAUAAUCAUUUGCCAGAACUGUUGGGUUUUGUGGAGGUAGACAAAUGGGUCCCCAAGGAUCAACACUCUCCCCACAUGAUGGUCUUGAUUCUGACGACUCCCAAUUCGGUGAAGCCAGGGCCAAUCAUAUAGUGACAAAAACUUAAUGACUAAGUGGUUGGGGCUGAGGUGCCUGAGUCAGGUUGUGGGGCAGGGCUAUCUUAGUUACAGGAAGUUAAGACUUUCAUUUCCUCCUUUUCCAAAAGGAGGCAGGGAAUAGGGUAGACUUGGGUGAGCAGCUGAUACUGACACUACGAAGAACUCGGGCUGUUCCGCCAUGAAGUUUGCUGUGCUUUUCCUGGGGGCCGUGCUGGGACUACUAGCAGCCCAGGGGACGGGAAAUGACUGUCCUCAUAAGAAAUCUGCCACUCUGGUACCAUCCUUCACGGUGACACCUACAGCUACAGAAAGCACAACAAGCCCUGGAACAACCAGCCACAGAACCACCAGGAGCCACAGAACCACCAGGAGCCACAGAACCACCACCACAAGCACCAGCCAUGGACCCACAACAGCCACUCACAAUCCUGUCAGCACGACGAGCCACGGAAAUACCACAGUUCAUCCAACGAGCAACAGCACUGCCACCAGCCCAACGAGCAACAGCACUGCCACCAGCCCAACGAGCAACAGCACUGCCACCAGCCCAACGAGCAACAGCACUGCCACCAGCCCAGGAUCCUUCACCAGCUCACCCCACCCAGGACCACCUACACCCUCUCCAAGUCCUAGCCCAGGCUCCAAGGCAGCUGUAGGAGACUACAUUUGGACUAAUGGUUCCCUGCCCUGUGUCCAUCUCCAAGCCCAGAUUCAAAUUCGAAUUCUGUACCCAACCCAAGGUGGAAGAGAGGCCUGGGGCAUCUCUGUACUGAACCCUAACAAAACCACGCCCCAGAGAGGCUGUGAGGGUGCCCAUCCCCACUUGCUUCUCUCAUUCCCCUAUGGACAGCUCAGCUUUGGAUUCAAGCAGGAACCACUGCAGGGCACUGUGUACCUGAACUACGUGGCUGUGGAGUACAAUGUGUCCUUCCCGCAAGCAACACAAUGGACAUUCUCGGUUCAAAAUUCAUCCCUUCGAGAACUCCAAGCCCCGUUGGGCCAGAGCUUCAGUUGCAGAAAUGCAAGCAUCAUUCUUUCACCAGCUUUCCACCUCGACCUGCUCUUCCUGAAGCUACAAGCUGCUCGCCUACCCCCUACAGGGGCCUUUGGGCCAAGUUUUUCUUGUCCCAGUGACCAAUCCAUAUUGCUGCCCCUUAUCAUCGGCCUGAUCGCCCUCGGCCUCCUCACCUUGGUGCUUGUUAUCUUUUGCAUCUCCCGGAGACGUGCACCCGCCUACCAGCCCCUCUGAGCCUUUGUCCCAACGCCCAGGGCACCACUCAACUGACUCAGAGACAAAGUUAUCUUCCUUCCCUCUCUGUCUUGAAGAAGAAAAUCAAAGAUAAUGCCACUGGGAGAACCGAAGGGAGGUGUUUAUUAAAUAAGACAUUCUCCCUCUCCCUCCCCCAAUGGGAGAAUAGUAAAGCCUACUUAAAUCUUU